UUAACGCUCACGUUUAUUUGGAGAUUGUUGACAAGAAGUACGCAUGUGGCUAUUCGGGUUUGACAACGGCCACUCCUGUUAUGAAAGAGCCAAACGCUUUUUAUUUACUUCUAGUGAGAAAACUAAGAUCUCUGCUGCUUUUCUGUUUAUUUUAACUUGUGUGAUUUGUCACCGAAGCUGUUUUUUUUAAGUUUGGGAGGCACAGUGUAUUAAAUGUAUGGAGCCACGUGGAAUUGUGAAAGCUUUCCCUAAAGUGAAGAGGAGAAUUCCAGAGCCUCAAAAAGAAGAGCUGAACAAAAAAAUAAAACCAGAGACUCCAAUAUCAGGUUGGCUCAAUGGAUUAAGAGCAUACAUCAUCCAGGCAGGAAUUGGCAGUGCCAGGACAACAAUCUUUCAGAAUCAGAUACUCCAGAAUGGUGGUAGCAUUGAAAACACAUUCUGCUCAGAUGUUACUCACGUGAUAGCUGAUGAAUCAAUGGAUCCAGAUCGUGCUUUGCGGUUAUUAAAAAUUGAGAAGCUACCUCCUUCAGUGCAAGUAUUAAAAUCGUCUUGGCUGAGCUUGUGCAUCACUCAAAAAAGAAUACUAGAUACUACAGGCUACAAUCUCUUCACGUCAGACAGGUAUUUUGAUUCCAAUCAACCAACUGAGUCUAAUCCCGAAGCAUUGAAAGGAAAUGAGAGCAAACAGGUGACCAAGACCGUCCAUGAAAAAGAGCCAGUGGAAAAUGGGACCAUUUUACAGUACCAGCUGUCUGACAAUGAAGCAAGUGAUGAUGAGGAUGAAGCUGUGAACCACAGUGACCUGCAGGCUCUUAUUAUUGGCCACUCUCCACUGAAGGAAUCAGACUCUGGUAUAACAGUUCCCUCUGUUGUGGGAAAAUGGGUUUGUGCUCAGUCUUCUGAGUCAAAGAAAGAGAAUUAUAACAAGCAUAUUACGGACAAACUCGAGGUACUGGAAAAAUCCUACAGUCACCAAGGGGACAAAUGGAGAGCGCUGGGAUAUGCCAAGGCUAUCAAUGCUCUUAAAAGUUAUUCUAAAUCUGUCACUUCAUAUGAGGAAGCAUCCCAAAUUCAGGGCAUUGGGAAAAAAAUUGCAGAAAAGAUAAGAGAGAUUCUGGAGAGUGGUCAUCUUCGCAAGUUAGAUCAUAUAUCAGACAGUGUGCAGGUGCUGGAACUCUUUUCUAAUAUCUGGGGGGCUGGAGCCAAAACUGCACAGAUGUGGUAUCAGCAGGGAUUCAGAACACUUGACGACAUUCGUUUGAAAGCUUCCCUUACAAGUCAGCAGACAAUUGGCUUGAAACACUACAAUGAUUUCUUGGAUCGAAUGACACGUGAAGAGGCAGGAGAGAUAGAAAAAACGGUGAAGGACAUGGCCUUGUCUCUGAACCCUGGCUUGAUCGCUGUAGCGUGUGGCUCAUAUCGAAGAGGAAAAGCAACCUGUGGAGAUGUCGAUGUCCUUAUCACACACCCUGAUGGGAUAUCCCACAAAGGAAUAUUUAGUAGAGUCUUGCAUGGACUUCGGCAAAAUGGCUUCCUAACAGAUGAUCUGGUCAGCCAUGAGGAAAAGGGAAAUCAAAAGAAAUACCUUGGAGUCUGUCGUCUCCCAGGACCUGACCAUAAACACAGGAGACUUGACAUCAUUGUGGUGCCUUACAGUGAAUUUGCCUGCGCUUUGAUGUACUUUACUGGUUCAGCACACUUCAACCGUUCCAUGCGGGCACUGGCCAAGACCAAGGGGAUGAGUCUUUCUGAACACUCCCUCAACAGCAGUGUUGUCCGCAAGGGCAAUGUGAAAAUAAGCACUGGCUUCCCACUCCCCACUCUGACCGAGAAGGAUAUUUUUGACCACCUUGAACUGCCUUACAGAGAGCCUCAUGAAAGAGACUGGUGACAAUUGUAAGGAUAACUGCAUUUAGUCUUGUCUUCUGAUUUUAAGCAAUUUAACUGAAUGCUCUGUGUCUUGAUUGAGAAUUGAAGGAUUAAGUGAAUAUUUAUUGCUCUACAGUGAAACUCUAAUAAUGAAAUGUAUAUGUCAGUAUCUUUGCACAUUUAUAAUACCUGUGAUAUUUUAAAGUAAAUUGAUCAAGACUUUUAGCAAUGUAGGACACAAUUACAAAUGAUUUUAAAUGCUGCAUUUAAAAUACUUGACAAUGAUUGUCAGCACAAUAUACGUGCUUAUUUGAGAAAGGGAUGAAUUAAGAUUUAAAAACAGGAGAAACUACUAAAUUAGUUGAGUGAAUGUACUAAAAAUAGGGAACUAUAAAUGUGUAAGUAAUUAUGCAUGACCAGACUGUUUUAGAAAUAUCUGCUAAUAAAUGGAAUAUUACACUGAGUA